UGCUGGAGGUGUGUGCCCGCGCAUGCGCAGUACUCUCAGGUGUCGGAGAUGCUGCGGGCGGUGUGUUCGGGUGUCCGGGGGGCGAUCCGGGUGCAGAGGAGGGGGUACAGCGGGGGGCCACAGGUGGACGCGCCUCGCCGCACCGCGCUCUACGACUUCCACCGCCAUCAUGGCGGCAAGAUGGUGGAGUUUGCGGGAUGGAGUCUGCCGGUGCAGUACAAGGACAGCCACAUCGCCUCUCACCUCCACACCCGCCAGCACUGCUCCCUCUCGGCAGGCGGUAUCACAUCGGCGCGGGUUGAGGAUUCCUCCUCGGAUCCGGUUCUGUCAUUAGUGGCGUUCGCUCUGUUGGGCCGGCGUUGUGAUCUCCGCCUCCUCCGGGUCCGGCAUUCCGGGAGGUCGGAGUUCUCCUUCACUCACCCUCUUCUGCUCUCUCCUCAGGUGGACGCGCCUCGCCGCACCGCGCUCUACGACUUCCACCGCCAUCAUGGCGGCAAGAUGGUGGAGUUUGCGGGAUGGAGUCUGCCGGUGCAGUACAAGGACAGCCACAGUGCCUCUCACCUCCACACCCGCCAGCACUGCUCCCUCUUCGAUGUGUCCCAUAUGCUGCAGACCCGAAUCCACGGGAAGGAGCGCGCCCCCUUCAUGGAGAGCCUGGUGGUGGGGGACAUCUCAGAAUUGAAGGAGAACCAGGGUACGCUGUCCCUCUUCACCAAUGAGAGCGGAGGGAUCAUCGAUGACCUGAUCGUCAACAACACCUCGGAGGGUCACCUGUACGUGGUGUCCAAUGCCGGCUGUGCGGAGAAAGACUCCGCCCACAUGAAGGUAUUGCCCCUCCCCCUUUAUAUCAUUCUACGGGUGGAGGAUGGCGGGGAAUGGGCCGGCCUAUGCCGUGAUCACUCUCUGACUCCCGCAGGUAAACGUCGCAGAGCCGCCAUGGAUUUCCCCGGAGCCUCGGUCAUCGUGCCUCAGAUUAAGGGGAAGGUGAGCCGGAAACGCGUAGGACUGACCUCCACCGGGCCUCCUGUGCGCCAACACACGCCGAUACUGAAUGUGGAGGGACGCGUCAUCGGAGAAGUGACCAGCGGCUGCCCCUCCCCCUCGCUGAAGCUGAAUGUGGCGAUGGGCUACGUGGAGCCAGAAUACGCCAAAGCCGGCACGCCGCUGCGAUUGGAAGUCCGGAAGAAACUUGUGGACGGCGUGACCAGCAAAAUGCCCUUCGUGCCGACCAGAUACUACAAUGUAAAGUGAACAGGCCGGAU